UGUUUCACUGGCAAGCAACAAUAAUGGGACCUAAUGACAGUCCUUACCAGAGUGGGGUUUUCUUCUUGACCAUACACUUCCCAACAGAUUACCCUUUCAAACCGCCAAAGGUUGCAUUUACCACAAGAAUCUACCAUCCAAAUAUCAACAGCAACGGCAGCAUUUGUCUUGACAUUCUGCGAUCACAGUGGUCUCCGGCUCUCACCAUCUCCAAAGUUCUCCUGUCUAUCUGCUCCCUGCUGUGUGACCCGAACCCGGACGACCCCUUAGUACCCGAGAUCGCCCGCAUCUACAAGACUGACAGGGAAAAAUACAACAAAAUAGCUCGGGAAUGGACACAAAAGUAUGCAAUGUAGUUGCAGCGGGGGAGAAACAUGGCCAACCACCUCUACGACAUACGGCUAGUGGAGAUUCAGAUGUAAAGAGAAAACAAAACACAACAAAAACCAUACAAACAAAUGAAAAGUUUAAAUCAAGAUCUUGUUGGUUUCCAUUGGAGUGCUUUCUUUGAGCCACGCCUCCCCUCCACCAGAGUACCUGUAAAUCUCCCUCUGCCCCACCUCCCUCUGAUCUCUCCCUUUUUGUCUCCUCCCUCUGUUUAAACCCCUCCCCCCGCCUCUCAGAUCACCUGCCCAUCCUCCGGUGUACAUAUUGUCAACUUUAAAGUUAUAAAACUGUUUCUCCUUGAUCCACCACCCUCUUCUGGUCACGUUUGUUUAGCUUUGGCUCCAUUUUUUUUCCAUCCAAGCAGGCUGGGCUGUCACCAACUCACAGUGAUCCUCUUGUUUUUUUCCACCCCUGCAUCCUCACCCAUCAUAAAGAAAACCAUUCCUUCAAGCAUCUGUAAACCUUUUGAGGGGACCCGUUUGUUUUUAUUUUUUAUUCCCAUUGUUUUUAAGGGGAAGGGGGACUAAAGGAUGGAGGGAUGAUUUUUACACUCUGCACUUGUUUUGUUGUCCUAAUUUCCAUCUGUAGAGGUGACGAUUCCAGAAAGCAAUUUUCACGUGAGUCAAAGGGGCACUCUGUAUUUUUUAAACCAUAAAAACUCAUUAGUCGUUGCAGGCUGUGUAAAAUGUAAAAAGGAAUGCACAUGGCCUUUUUUAUUUUUGCGCUUCUGUUGGAUUCUACAAAAGGACUUGAAUUUAUUAACACACCUCAUACUUCUCAUUCCUUCACCGCAAACUGUUUUUACCCAUGUGGACCCCCCUGUACACACACUCACACACAUGCACGCACGGCUGUAACCCCAUGUCACUUCCACCACCUUUUCUUUAUUUUCAAAGUGGAGGUUCUGGACCAGCUAUUUAAGCAAUUCAUCUUUCUUAGUUUAACCUGUGUUUUUAUGUCCUACCCCAUUCUUUAGGUUGUUUUUUCCUCUUUUUUUUUUUUUUUUUUUUUUUUUUUUUUUUCCCCCCCCCCCCCCCCCCUCCUUUUUCCUUUUGCUAUUGUCAAAUUAGCGGCUAACAUCUGAAAAGGCUAUGGGACUGGCUUGGGGUCUGGGUGUGAGGAGAACCCACUCUUCUUGCACAAAACCUCUGUAUAUUGAAUUACCUGAGAGGCUCGUUGAGCUUUGUGUGUUGAUUAAACUGUGUAAUAAAAAC